UUAUACAAGAAGAAAACGGUAUGUUAAGUAUAGGUGAGCUCUAAUCAAACUUGAUUACAUAUUGGAGGGGUGGGAGUGUGCCGUAGGAGUCUCAUGAGUGUUUAUAACAGAGGCUGCCCGUAGCUUGGGGAGGUUGUGGCAUAGCGCACACCCCAGACAGUGUUUGACUGAUUGGUGAGUAGUAGCACCAGUUAAGUGUCUUGCCUCGUCUAGGAACUAUUGAAGUAAUGCAAGCUUACUGAUUUGAAGGUGAUGACUAUUUGCCAUGACCAAUGGUUCCAUUGAAUCAAAAAGUGAGAGCAAUGUGUGGCCAUCAGAUGACUCGGCCCCAGCACAGCCCUCUUCACGUCACCACCAGGAGCCCAGCACCCCGGGGGACUUUAAUGACAAUUCCCAGGAUGCCAGUUACCUCCCACCACUCUUACACCAACGCCCUUCCUCACCUGUGUCAGUAGCAGAAUUGCAGGAAAGAGCUGUCCAGGAUAGUCAGAAUAAUAAUGUAGAUGAGAAUAGCAAUGACCGCCAUUAUGACCAGUAUGCUACUGCUGCUGCUGCAUACCCCAGUUGGGAGACUUCAUUCCAGUCAACAUACCCUGGUCAAGAAGCUUCUCAUUUUCCAUACACCGAUCAGGAAUAUUCCUCACGUCCUGCAUUUCUCAUCCAAGGAACCUCAUGCCCAUCUUACUCUAGCAGGGAAACUUCAUCACAUUUAAACAGAGAAACCUCAUCACAGCCAAGUAGGGAAACCUCACAAACAUACUCUAAUCUACAAUCCGAGUCAUUCCAACCAAACAGGGAAGCCACACCUAACCCAUACUGUGCCCAAGAUGCCUCAUCACAGCACUCUUCCUUGCACUCUUGUUGGGGGACUACUUCUCGUCCUGACCAGUCUGUACGACCUAGGGUGAGGCAACCACCCCAGCAUAGCAGAGAUGAGUCAGAUCAUGUGUCACUUGCCAGGCGGCCCACCAUUACCAGGAGGGACAGUGAAAGCAGUGGGAGUAAUUGGCAGCAUGGUGGAGCCAAACAUCGCAGGAACCACAGUGAAGGCACAAGAUACCCACCUCUACCAAAUCUCAACUGCCCUACUAAUGAGUCUGGAGAGCUACCUCAGCAUCUUUCUGGUUAUGGGAUUGGCAGCCAUGACCCACACAACUCUCAGGGAUUGGUGUCUCUCACUGCAAGGGGAGGUGGGUACAAUUCCCAUCUCCCUGUUGCCCUGCAGUCUGAUGAGCGUGUCACCCAGGAGGCUGAGGAGCUGCUCACCACCUUCACCUCAGAGACUCUUCGCAACAAUAGGCUAGAGGUGCCCCCGUGGUUGGUGGCUGUCCCUAGCAGCCCACACAUGGUUCGUGCUGGCCGUGAGCUGCGUCUUCUUGCUGAUGCUUUUGCAUGUACAGCUGAGAGACGAAAGGUGCGGCACAUGGCAGAAUCGGUGAACCUCAGUUGCAUUGAGAUGGAUGACUUCUUUCAUCUCUGUACUGAACUAUUCUAUGAUGGCAUCACUCGGGAACGCAUUGUGGCUCUGUUCACAUUUGUGGGAGAUGUGGCAGUGCACCAGGUUAGGAUAAAGGGAGAGGAGCUGAUUCACCGAUUGAUAAGAUGGUCCCUCAAGUACCUGGUGGAGCAUGUGUGUCGGUGGGUGCAGGAAGCAGGUGGCUGGGUUGCAGUGCUGACUUGUGGAGCCAACUUCCUUUACCGAUGUGCUGUAUUCGUCUUCUGCGUGUGUGGUUCCGUUGCUGCUGGCCUCUUUAUAUACAAAACCUUAAAAAAUGGGUGACGCUGGCCCUUGCCCACUUUCCUUCACCCCUUGAUGUGUGUUCUCUGGUCCUCAUCUGCUGUUGCUCAGCUCUGUCUCACCUCUCAGUUGCUUGUGAAUAUUUAAUGUGUAUGAAUGUGGCCAGUGAAGGUAUUUGUAUAUGAAAGUGUGUGAUGGAUGUUAUUGUUCUUCACAUCUACUCGCAUUCAGUAGAUGUUCCUUACUAUUUUGCCAGAAUCAGUGUUUAUCUCCCACAUUGUCUUAAAAGGUCACCCAUUGUCUUUCAUAUUAUUGUUAAUUUUACUGUUGAAAUUUGGCAUGAGGCUGUUGUCAUUGCUAAGCUAAAUUCUAUUUUGUCAAGUUGAAGUUGAGAGAUCUUUAAACUACACCCUGAGCUAACUAAAAAGAAAGAUGCUUUACUGAAUAAUCAUGAAGUUAGAGCAGUCAUUGGUAUUGUAUUCAAGUGCCUAAAAACAAACCAUGAUUUCACACAAGGGUAGAACCAUUAAUGAUAUUUGUAUGGUCAUCAACAAAUCUGCAGAAAAGGUGUGAAACUUGACUAUUUUAUAUUGCAUAUGUAAUAUUUGGAUAAAUAAGAGAUGUGGGAUUCAAGCUAGAUAUCAGUAUCAGGAUAUUAGAGUAUGUGAAUGAAUGUGCAAUGCAUCAAUGAUGGAGAGAUGUUGAGAACAGUUGAAAUGGUUGCUGAAUCUUAAAUGUAUAAUGGAUUUUUUUAUUUAUUUAUUUAUAUUUUUUUUCCAAGAUGUGAUUUGUGCCGGAGGUUGUAAAAAUGUCACUGUAGUGGAAAGAAUAUGAAGUGGACAGAUGAAAUUUGCGGAAUUAUUGCCUUCCUUGAAACUGAAGCGUUUUGAAUCUGAGAGGAACUUUCUGUAUGUUGGUUGAGCGAGAAAUGUAAUGUUAUAAGGUAGUAAAAACUAGGAUUUGAAAGAGAAUGCUUAUAGAAUAAAGAAGAUAGAGAUACACACUGACUUAGAUGUACAAUGCUUUACAGAAAAAUAGAAUCAAGAUUAUAAAUGUUCAGCUGAGGGAGAGGAUGGAAGUUGAAUGCAUUUGUGUGGUAAUGAGAAUGGGUAGACUGAGGUGUUUUAGCUAGUUGAAAGGAUUCUGGAGUCAUUGGAUGAAAAAAAAUUUAGAUCUGAAUAUAUUUAAUAGAAUUUUCAAUGAUCAAAGGAAAUUUCUAAUCAAGUGCUCCUAAAGAAUCUUGAGAGAUCUUGGCAACACUAACAGUUGAAAUGGUCUGUGUAAUGCAUUACAUACACACACUGUAGGUAUAUUCGUAUGUAUGCCUGCUAAUUCAGCUACUAUGUAAACACUGAUCUUGGUGCAGGCAGUGUUGUGGCAUACACACUUCAUUAACUUUUCCAACAGCUUGAACAACUCUUCAAAUGACAUGGACAAUGUAAGAGCUAUCAGGGGUAUUUUAGUUAGUGUGUAAACUGAGUGGCAUAAAAUGACUCAAUCAAAGGUAAAGAAUGCCUACCAUUGCACUCAGGAUAAAACAUUACAAAAAAGUUAUGAAAUUGUCCAACUCAUCUAAUAUCCAGCAUAUUUGAGUCUGACUAAGUGGGGUUUACCAGAUGUUUGAAGUGACAACACUGGAUAGCAAUCUGGCAUUAAAUGUUAAAAGUCUACGUGGUACGUAUUAUGGAGGCUUAGUUCAGAUACUUAAUGAAAAAAAAAAUUAUACAAUGUAAUUUCAGGAUUAUUUGACAUAGGAUUUUUUAUUGUAAAAUCCAUUUUUAUAUACAUACUUACCCAUAAU